CUCGUGCCCCUCGCAUUCGCUCUUCCCCGUGCUCUUGCUCUGGACCUGCCCCGUUGGUUCAAGGGUGGGCAGACCCCCUACGUCCCCGACUUAAUAAUACAUCCAUAUCGUCUCUUACCGCCAAUCCUCCACAUUGUAGCUUCGGGGCCACGGGCAGGAUGGCGAGGGCGGCGCUCCGCGCCGCCCUCGCGGCGGCCACCUGCAGGGCCGCCCUGGCGCUGCACUCCGCUCUGGGCAGCCAGUCGGACGAGGCGCUCCACCUGUCGCUGGAGGAGGCGCUCGGCCCCUCGGGCGGCAGCGCCGGGCGCGCGGAGGAGAGGGCGAGGCACGUGCCUGCCGCGGUCGUGGCCGAGCUGGAGGGCAGGCGGCGGGAGCUGGAGCGGCUCCAGGACGACGCGGGGCCCGCUGCGGCCGCGCUCGGCGCGGCCUCCGCGGUCAGGCGGCACGGGCUGCCAAGGGAGAAGAGUCUGUGGCUGAGCGGCAAGUCGCGGCAGGCGAUGACCAACUACAACGACGUGCAGUACGUUGGCUUCGUGGAGGUAGGGGGCCAGACCAUCUCAGGCAUCUUCGACACGGGCUCCUUUGACCUGGUGGUAUUCUCCGAGGUCUGCCAGACGUGCGGCCAGGCGGCCAGAUACAACCCCGCCCUGAGCGCGAGCCACACCCAGGGGAAGCUCACGUCUAGCCAGGGGUACGGCAGCGGCACCGUGGUCUCGCAGGAUGCCUUCGACAUUGUCUCGGUCGGACCGUACACGCCCAGGAACCAGUCCUUCUGGGAGGUCACCGAUGCCGAUAUGCCUGUGCUGGCCUACUCUAUGUUCCAGAGCAUCAUUGGCCUUGGCCCACCAGAGGCGCCCCUCGUUGACGCCGAAGACCGCUUGGCGAAGCUGUUGGACAACAUAUCCAGCUACACCGGCGCGGGUCGGGCGCCGCCUGCCGACUUGGCGAAGGCCGAGGCACACACCAGAGCGGUCGCGGUGGCGAUGCAAACGAGAACCAUGGUGCUUGAGUCGUUCGAGUCGAAGAUGUUCUCGAUUUGCCUGGGUAGGCAGCCCAAUUCAGACGGCUACGUUAUCUGGAGUGACACCGCGCCGCUGGUCAAACCUGAUUACUUCCAGCGGGUCCGCGUGACGGGUAACCACACCUGGAGUACGACGCUGGGUGAACCCAAGUUCGAGUACGACCCAGCCGUCAAUGAUAAACAGUUCGACAAGGACAACAAGUUUAACGGCCUGACGCUCGGAUGCGAGAACGGAUGCGGGGCGCUCCUGGACAGCGGCACGUCGCUCUUGGCGAUGCCUGGAAAUCUUGUUAACGAGCUCGUUAGGCUCACGCUCGAACCUGGGUUCAAUUGCAGCAAUCUGUGGGAGCUGCCUUCGAUUAAAUUCAAGCUCGGCGGCCAGGAAGUCGUCUUGCCGCCCGACGCUUACAUAUCAGAGGUGGACGAUUCUCUCGGAGUGCCAGCAUACCUCCAGAGCUUCGUGCGCCUUCGACGCGUCCGGGGGCGGGCCUCGCAGGAGCUUCGACCUCGGCUUCAGCGUGGCAGGGGCGCAGAGGCGAUGGGAUCUCGCAGGGGCUCGGAGUCCCAGAGGCCAGGGGCCCGCUGCGACCUCGUGGUGAUGGUGUCCUCUGCCGACUCCGUCCACGGCCCGCUGUGGAUCCUGGGCGUGCCCUUCUUCAGGCAGUACUACACCACCUUCGAGGUGUCGGGUCGUUCCAACGAGAACCGGGCUGUCCACCUCGCGAAAGCCUCCGACACCUGCCAUCCGGCCUCUCCGGAUGAACACUUGAAGUUCCCCCCACGGACGCAGCUUGGCAAGCGUCUCAUUGACCCGACCAAGCUCUGGAUGACGCCGUCCACAUACAGUGCCCUCAGCUCCGAUUACGUAUUCCUAUGAUCCCUCCGACGUUGUCUGCUUCUGUGGCUCCUAGAUUCCUCGGGGUGGAACUUUUCCUAGACUAUAGGUGCGAGAUGUCGGAUGGGGGUCCCCGCUCGAAUGGGAGCCCCCCUCGGGGUCCGAACGCUCGCACGCAUGCCUGUAGCGCCUUCGCCGUCUUUUGCCCUCCCGCGUCCUCCUUCCUGUACGUAGGUUUGAGCGUGCACUGUUCUUCCAUCACUGCUGGCAUUGCGACGAUGCUCUUGACCUUUCCUGAGCGGCCCCGUGGCCUGUCGGCCUCACUGGUCCUCGACCUUCCGAGUGCUGCUCUCGCUCUUGCUCGGGCUCUGCCCUCGCGUUUGGCGAAACACAUGGUCCUUUUCUUGUCCCCCGCAGUGCGUUCGAGGCCCCCGUUCCGCUGCGACCGUCUUCCGUGCGGGCCAGUUCCGCGUUUUUCCGUCCCGCCCGGUUCCGCUCGGCGAGGCCUCACCCAGCGGUCUUGGGCCACUCAGGCGUCGGGGCACUCGGACGCAAGGCCUGGGCAGGGGCACUGCGAAGGCGAUGUGCCGUCCGG